AUGCGCUUUUCACGAGUUGUCCCGAGCGCCCGGAUCGUUGCACAGUCAACAGUAAAAGGUUCAGACCAGCAGAGGUCAAGGUUUUUCGCGUCAGUGGCCAGCCAGAUCCCUGCGACCUCGGCUUCCCGAAACCACAAGGUGGUUAUAGUCGGCGGCGGUAGUGCCGGUCUUGCCGUCAGCAGCCAGCUAAUCCGAUCUGGCAAAUUCGCAGCGAACGACAUUGCAUUAGUCGAUCCGGCGGAAUCACACCAUUAUCAGCCGGGUUGGACACUGGUGGGAGGUGGUCUGAAGAACAAAGAGGACCUCAGACGACCGUUGGGAACGCUGAUCCAGCCCAAAGUUCGCUUCUACAAUACUGCGGUCCGUCAGUUCGAUCCCGAGCAGAACUCAAUAUCUUUCAACAACGGCGACGAGUGCAACUAUGAGCACCUCAUUGUUUGUCCUGGUAUCAAUGUCGAUUUUGACACCAUCAAAGGUCUGCGAGAAGCAGUGAACGACCCACAUGCACCGGUCUCCUCGAUUUAUAGUUACGACACAUGCGACAAGACCCACCGCAAUAUCAAAGCCUUCAAGAGCGGCCAGGCACUGUUCACCCAUCCUACUGGCCCCGUCAAAUGCGCCGGAGCGCCUCAAAAAAUCAUGUGGUUGGCACUCGACGGCUGGAAGCGGGCAGGUCUGUACGACCCCACUGACACUUCCAAAUCAGCGAUACAGAUUACCUUUGCAACAGGCAUGCCUGUGAUGUUUGGAGUCCCUAAGUACAGUCACAAGCUUGACGAGCUUCGGCAAGAAAGGGGUGUUGAGGCGCUCUUCCAACAUGAUCUCGUUGCUAUCGAAGGCAACACAGCAAUAUUGGCGAAAGCUGACGGAAAGGACUUGGUCAAGAAGCACUUUGAUAUGUUACACGCUGUGCCUAAGAUGCAACCGCAUACGUUUGUCCGAGACAGUCCUCUAUCCAACGAGACAGGGUUCGUGGAUGUCAGUGAGAGUACACUCCGUCAUAAGAAGUUUGAUAAUGUCUGGGCUUGUGGCGAUGCUGCUGGGCUAUCCACAGCAAAGACAGCGGCCGCUAUAACAGCCCAGGCACCUGUUAUGGUCUCGAAUCUGCUGGCAGCGUUGGAGGGAAGGGAUCCGCAAGCUAGUUAUGACGGUUACACAUCCUGUCCCUUGCUCACCGAAUACGGCAAGGUCAUGCUUGCCGAGUUCGGGUACGGCGGUAAGCCCAAAGAAACAUUUGGGAACUUUGUCGAUCAGAGCACGCCACGGCGCGAGUUUUAUCAUUUGAAGAAGGACUUCUUCCCUUGGGUCUACUACAACUCCAUGGUGAAGGGAACAUGGGCUGGGCCAAAAGGCUGGAAAUGGUAG